GCCCAUCAGCAUCGUCGACGCAAAGCCGCCGCCGCCGCCCCAUCAUCACAGGUCGCUGCCCACAGGCUGCCCCCGAAGCCCCGCGCGCCACCCGAGCCGCCGCCGCACGCAGCAGCACCCACCGCUGCACGUCGCCGCAUCCAGCGCUGCAACGCCGCGACAGCUGCCGUCGACGUUCCAACAGCGCCCGCCGCACCCGACGUCCGCCGUCGCCGCGCCUACUCACAGCGCCGCCGCCGCCGCCAGCUACGAAACAGACGCAACGAAACAGACACCGCCGCAACCAUGCCUGAGGCCGACUACCGCACAGUAGAGAAGCUCGGCAAGGGCGCCUUCUCCCAGGUCUACAAGGUGGAACGAAGAGGUGAUAGGGGCGUCCACUACGCCUGCAAAAGGAUCGACAUCAGCAAGAUGCAAAAGGCCGAGCUCGCGGACGCGGUCAACGAGAUCCGCAUUUUAUCGUCGAUCAAGCACCCGUACAUCGUCGGGUUCUACGACGCGUUUUUGGCGAGAAGAGACCGGGAGCUCUGGAUCGUCAUGGAGAUGUGCGGCUGCGGCGACUUGGCGUCCAAAGUCGAGCGCUACCGCAAGAAGCGCAAGUACAUGGACGAGCGCGUCGUCUGGUCCCACUUCAUCCAGAUGUGCGAAGGGUUACAAUGUCUACACGAGCAGAAGAUCGUGCAUCGCGACAUCAAAGCCGCUAACAUCUUUCUGGCGGCCGAUGGAAGUGUCAAGAUCGGGGACUUAAAUGUCUCGAAGCGCAUGAAGGGUGCGCUGCUAAGGACCCAGAUCGGCACGCCCUACUACAUGUCGCCGGAAGUCUGGCUCAAUAAGCCCUACUCGUUCGGUGCGGACGUCUGGGCCGUCGGCUGUUUAGCGUAUGAACUGUGUGCUCUGCGGCCGCCGUUCGUCGGUUCUACCUUUGCGCAGUUGAAACAAGCGGUCUUAGUGGGACGCUACCCGUCGUUACCUAGAAAUUUCUCGCGGGACAUGACCCAAAUGAUCGCGAAGUUAGUAAGGGUCGACGCGCGCUCCAGACCGUCCAUCGCCCAGAUUUUAGCGAGUGAAGACGUCAAAUCUAGAAAAGCGGCGGACUGGUACAAAGGUAGCAGUGUACAACCGAAGCCCGCGCAGCAGCUGGCCGCGACGAUCAUGGUCCCCCAGCGGAUUGCGAACCUGAAGAAACAGCUCCCGAAGCCCUGCUUCCCGGACCAGCGGCCCGACUCGCCCGAGGCCUGGCCCCUCGGCGCCGAGGCCGCUCCCGCCAAGGCGGCGCCCGUCGCGCCGAAGCCGGCCGAGGCCCCGAAGCCGGCG